AUGCCCAUUUGGAAUAGUACUUUUGGACUGGCUACAAAUUCAAUCGAAAAAUGCUUUUCGAUCGUUUACACACAAGUGCGGACCGCUACAAAAAAAGCAGCAGGAUCCAGGACGUCGAUGAAAGAUUCUGCUGGUCGUCGUCUAGGGCCCAAGAAGUAUGAAGGUCAGCUAGUGAAACCUGGGGAGAUAUUGAUGAGGCAACGUGGAACGAAAUUUUUCCCUGGAGAAAACGUCGGCAUCGGCAAAGACCACUCUAUCUUUGCCGUAGAGCCAGGAUUUGUACGCUAUUAUUUGGAUCCUUUCCAUCCUAAACGAAAAUUCAUAGGAGUCGCCUUGGCCGAACACUUAAGGUUACCAACGCCUCACUUUGCUCCUCGUGUGAGGAGGUUUGGCCGUCAAGUGAUCAACAAUCCAGAAAUGGCUCAAAAAGAAGCGAACUCGUUGACAAGAAAGCAGUAUUUGGCGCGUGAUUCUAUAGUCUCAGAUAUGGCCACACGGAAUACACGUCGGUCUGCUCUGCGGCUCCAAUUUGCAAAAUUUUUGACGGAAACACUCCAAGUAGACCUUGUGGGUUCAUCUAUGGACCGCGCGACUGAAUACCUGCUGCGAGUGCGGUCCAGCUUAAAAAAUGGAGCGAGUUUGUCGGAUGCUCAAUUCAACUCCCAACACUACUUAGAACAAGAAAUUUUGUUGCAAGCAAAACGGGAAGACUGGACUCAAGACGCUCUCGAGCACGAUAUGCGUGAACUUCUUGAAACGACGAGAAAAGUUGAUACGAUAAUUUCUUUCAAUAACAGACUAGAACUGAUCGGACACAUUUCGUCUGAAGAGCGGGCUACUUUGAAAGCCAACUUACUUGAUAGCUUAUCGAAAGCAACACUAUUCAGUAAAAAGGACAAGGAGGCCAUGGAAAAACUUUUCGAGUCUUCCAGUAAAUUUUUGACGAGGUCUGAAGAAGUGCAUCUGCGGAGAAAGUUUUUGAAGCCAGUCAAGCCCGAAGGCGAGUCGAUGGCUUCAGAGAACGAGAAAAAAUUCAUAAGCCUAAAGAGGUUUAAUCAUGUCAGAGGCGGUAUUGAUAUCGUGUCUAGAUCCAGGACAGCUUUUCUCAAUAAGCUUUAA